AUGCAAGUAGGUGGGAGAUGGCUAUUUAAAGAUAUAAGCUUUACUCUAGAGAAAAAUGAUGUCCUCGUCUUACGUGGCCCUAGCGGUGUUGGUAAGACGACCCUAUUGAAAUGUAUAGCAGAACUAGUACCUUAUGAUCAAGGGUAUUGUACACUACAUGGUAAGGACGUCAACCAUUACGCAGUCCCCAUUUGGCGUUCUCGUGUUAUGUAUGUGCCGCAAAGACCGUCUGUGCAUCCUGGUACACCGCUCGACUUUUUUAAAAUAGUCUCAAAUUACGCUAGUCAAAAGAACAAAAAGAUUGAUGAUCCAGUCAAGAUUGGCAAUGAAUGGAACUUGUCAGAAAGCCAUUUCAAUGAAAAAUGGUCUAAUCUUUCUGGUGGUGAAAUGCAAAGAGUUGCUUUGGCUAUUGCAGUUGCUCUCAAUCCAGAUAUUCUGCUACUUGAUGAACCUACCUCUGCUUUAGAUCCAGAAUCAAUCCAACUUGUAGAAAAGACGCUAAAGACCAAGACAUGUAUCUGGAUCACCCAUGAUCCUAAACAACAGGAGCGUGUAGGAACUCAUUCGCUCACUUUGGCAAAAUCAAAUGAAUCAACACCUAAUGGAUCCACUGACCAGAGUGAUGAUAAUGAUACCAUAAGUAUUCAGAUGUAG